AUGAAGAAGAAGUUAGAUCGGAGAAGAAAACGUUACCUUGGAGGCAAAAGAGAUCGAGUCGCGGCUGCUGUUGGAGAAGAAGAGUCGCGACGGCUGCUGGAGAAGAAGAGACGCGACGGAGAAGAAGAAGAAGUUAGAUCGGACGGUGGAAGUUGGAUUGGAAAGAAGAAGUUAUAUCGGAGAAGAAGACGUUACCUUGGAGAAGAAACAGAUUAA